AUUUCUCCUCCUUCAGUCCGGCGACGCUCCCAGACCCAGCCGCUUCGCGCUCGUAUUUGUGGAUAUUCCGUGAGCGCUCGGGUGUUCCUCUCCUGCUCUGACGGUGUGUUUUGGGGCAAAAUGUGGCCACGGGCCGGUCUGCGUGUUCUCGACAGGAUUCACGAAUUAAUGGUCGGCGGGGAUAUGAAGCAGCAGCUGGGGUAACUCACAGGUUACUAUGGUGGGACCUCCUGGGAAGCCAAAAGUUGGACUUCUCCGACAUGUCAGCUUGCUCCACAGAGCCAUGGAUCUUACCAGGACUUCUGCUGGCCUGAACACAGAGAGGUGGGCCUGGUGGGCCUGGGCCAUCUUCCCCUGACCAGCCACCGCCAUCAUCUUAUCGAGCUCCAUACACACAUACGCACACACUGCAAAAGCCUGUGUUUGAGGUGACCCACCCCCACAGAUAGAUAGCAGUCAAAGCAAACAUGACAGACAAGGUGAGUUUUAGCACACCCAAAGUCAACCCCCGACCCGCUGUAGCUCCUUUCCUCCCCCCUGAGCCAGUGGACAUCAUCCGCACUAAGGCCCGUUCACGGCGGGUCAGACUCAACGUUGGUGGGCUUACACAUGAAGUGUUAUGGAGAACACUUGACCGGUUGCCCCGAACUCGUCUGGGACGGCUAAGGGACUGCAACACCCACGAGUCACUGCUGGAGAUCUGUGAUGACUACACCCUCACUGAGAACGAAUACUUCUUUGACCGUCACCCGGUGGCCUUCUCCUCCAUCCUCAACUUCUACAGAACAGGAAAGCUUCACAUGAUGGAGGAGAUGUGCGCUCUGUCUUUUGGACAGGAGCUGGACUAUUGGGGCAUUGAUGAGAUCUACUUGGAGUCCUGCUGCCAGGCACGCUACCAUCAGAAGAAGGAGCAGAUGAACGAGGAACUGAGGAGGGAGGCAGAGACACUGAGGGACAAGGAGGGAGAGGAGGAGGAGCAGGGCUGCUGUCCUGACAAGAGGCAGAAGCUGUGGGAUCUGUUGGAGAAGCCCAGCUCCUCUGUAGCUGCAAAGAUCCUGGCCAUGAUCUCCAUCCUGUUCAUCAUCAUUUCCACAAUUUCACUGUCCCUCAACACUCUGCCAGAGCUGCAGGUUGUAGAUGAAUUUGGCCAGUUCAAUGACAACCCCAGUUUAGCCCACGUUGAAGCCGUCUGUAUUGCCUGGUUCACCAUGGAAUACAUGUUACGGCUGCUCUCAGCACCCAAUAAGUGGGUCUUCAUGAAAGCACCACUGAACAUUAUUGAUUUGCUGGCAAUACUGCCUUACUAUGUGACCCUCUGUCUAACUGAAUCUAACAAGAGCGUGCUGCAGUUCCAGAAUGUGCGGCGUGUGGUUCAAAUCUUCCGUAUUAUGAGGAUCUUGAGGAUUCUGAAACUGGCCAGGCACUCGACAGGGCUCCAGUCUUUGGGCUUCACUUUACGAAGGAGCUACAACGAGUUGGGACUGCUGAUCCUGUUUUUAGCCAUGGGCAUCAUGAUUUUCUCUAGCUUGGUAUUCUUUGCUGAAAAGGAUGAAGAUGCUACAAAGUUCACCAGUAUCCCUGCUUCGUUUUGGUGGGCAACCAUUACUAUGACAACUGUCGGGUAUGGUGACAUUUACCCACAAACCCUGCUUGGUAAGAUUGUAGGAGGGCUUUGCUGCAUAGCAGGUGUGCUUGUCAUUGCUCUUCCUAUUCCAAUCAUUGUGAACAACUUCUCAGAGUUCUACCGAGAGCAGAAGAGGCAAGAAAAGGCCAUCAAGAGGAGGGAAGCUCUAGAAAGAGCAAAACGGAGUGGAAGCAUUGUUUCUAUUAACCUAAAGGAUGCUUUUGCCCGCAGUAUGGAAUUAACAGAUGUGUUGGUAGAAAAAAGAGAGGACAGUAAAUGUCCCGUUGAAAAUCACCUGUCACCCAGUCGCUGGAGCUACCACAAGCACUACUGCAAUGCAGAGGCAGGUAGCCCUGGCAGGUCUCAACAAUACCAAGAAGUGGCCCAGCAGGGCUCCCCAGAGCGAUUCAAGCCCACGUCGAAUAAAACUACUCCUCAACACCUCAGUGCAAAGCGGCUAGAAGAUACUUACAACAAGACAGCAGCCAUUCAAGCACAGCAGGAAAAAAUUCGAGAAGAACAGAUUGAGAUGAAAGAGUUCUCGUCCACUCUGGCCCAGCAAACAUCACCUAAAGUCAGUCGUUCCAGGGAAUCUUCAACUGCAGCGGAUAAUUUUGCACUGGAAAGAGGGGAACGAAGCUCACUGCUCCCCAGUGUUGAAGGAGGUCAAGCUGGUACUAGACAUCAGUGUAUUCCACCUCCCUUGGACCUAAGUCAGAUCAGCAAUAUGGAGGUAAAGCAGGGCCCUGAUAGCAUUCAGCCAAUGACAUUCAUCAAAGAGGGUUUGUAUGAGUUCACAUCUAACCCCACAGGAAGGUUGACUGGGGAUCUGAAUUUGUUAUCACAGAGUGCAGAAAGCUCUGGGAUGACCUAUGAUAGCACCGGCACAGCUUCGGAAGAUCAUGGUAGCCCUCAAAACACAAGAGCCCUGAAGCUUGACUUCAUUGCAUCUAAAGAUGAUGUCCUCGUGGCAGUGAUGACACCUGUGGCGACACCCGUCCCCACUGGCUCUGCAAAGUGUGCUCAACUACUUACUGACGAAUUGGUUUCCAGGUUUUCUCCGUCUCCCAGUUCUACAACACAGGAAACUAAGUCUCCGCUGGCUAUCCUGCAAUCUCCGUCCCUAGCUCAGCAAUAUAUCAGUCCCAGCACCCCCAAGGGGGGAGGUGAAAGCUCAGCAGGCAGGAGCUUAGAAGGUGAAGGGCAGCUCACUGGCUUAAGCCACCUGGGGAGGAAUCACAUGGAGAGAUCUACUGCUGGCUCGGGUGGUGGUGCUAGUCCAUUGUCAAAAGCAUGCUCACUCAACAGCACCCAAGACCUAGUAACUAAGGAAGGAGUGGCCGAUGGAGGAUUAGAGGGAGCAGAACAGAGAGUAGAAAAAAGAGAAAAUCACAUUGUUCUGGAUGGAAGCCGAACGCCGCCCUGUGAAACGAACAUGUGAGCUUAAAUUUAAAGAAAAAUGCAGACAGGGCCAAGGCAAAGCAAAGGCUGAUGGGAUGCACGACAGGAACUACCAGGAAUAACCCAUAACAGAUGCAUUGGACUUUUUGACAAAGACAUUAAACAAAUCUAUCAUAAAAGCUGCAACUCUUCUUGAGUGCAGCACAUCCGAUCUCACGACACAUUCGAACGGUCAUUCCUUUUUUGACCUUGGUGCUGCUGUCAUGACUUUAUUACUGGAGGACAUUCAGAAGCACACACAUGCCUGACUGGGCACUAUUUGAACUUGAAUUCAAGUGACACCAUGUGGUGUCAGUGUUACUGAUUUAUUUCAUUUAAAUGAGACAUGAACAGUGGCAACUUGACCUGUGUUUUAGGCCUUGUCUGAAUGAUAAUAUUCGGGACUAUCCUGAAGAGUUUCUGUGUAAGUCACUGAGUCAGAUAUUCAGUUUCCUAACACUUGUUCCCCAAGGCCUGAUUUGAAUGGACAGUUAUACCAAGGAAAGACAGACCGUGAAAGGAAAUUAUAUUUUUUAUAUUUACAAAUUUUAAAAAUCUAUCUUUUGCGAGACUUGCAAGAAAAAUCAAUGAUCAAUCAUUAUUCUGUGUUGUAGAUCUUACUCAUUAUUACAUUCUUGUAACGGGACAAGCACAUGAUACAAGACAAAAGUCCCACAUAGUACUGCAUUGUCCAAAAGAACAGAAUGUAUCUGCAAUUGAGCACUGUGAUCUAUGCUCUAACUUUAAGUAUUUCUAUAUAUUUCAGUUUUAUGUUGUUGUUUUUUUCUUUUUGUUGUAUGUUUCUUUUCAUUUUUCUUGUUCCUAAAUAUGUGAAAAUGUGAAAAUGGAGAUAUAAUCACUACUAUAUUCAUAUAAUAUUCACUAACGAGACACAUGAUUUGAGACAGAAAGGAAACCUCACACAGACUGUGGGCAGUUUCCAUGAUUACUCACUUGUGGUUCAUCAUACACUGCUUUAAUUCCCAGUUCAGUCUUAUACUGUGUGUGUGAUAAAGGUUCGACGAACCUCAGAUCUGACUUUGUUUUUGGAUUCUAUAUCAACACAGUGGCGGGCGCAUAGUGUAUUCAGGAAAAUGAGUUGUGGACGUAGUAAUAGAGUUGAUGAAAAGCAACCAAGCGUACCAUUGUUUUCUUUCUUUAUUUUUGUCUCUGUGAGACUAGUGUCUUAUCAUAACAUCGGCCCUAUCUAAUCUUUUUAAUCUUACUAGUGUAGUCAUCAAGCUAAGAAUGAGAUCUGGUAACAUGGAGACUUUCAGAAAAAAAUAAAAAGACCAACAAGUCAGCCAUCAGGAGUCAUAUUCAAUUCCCUUGUUUACUUACCUAGUCUUAGCAUGUUUCAAAGAAUGUGUCUGAUUUGAGUGCCGUACAGCAACAGGCUGUUUUUGGUCACGCUGUUAAAAACUGUUCACUGAGACAGUAACAGCAAGCCGGAGUAAAAACGGCCAAAAUGUGACUUAAAGUAAGAAUUUAGAAAACUGGAAGCUGUUGGUUUACAGUGAGACGACUCAAAUGGCUUGUCUGAUAGAAAAUACUGUGGCUAUUAACCAUUUGUGUUCCAUGCUUCAAGCGUAUAAUAAAUAUGACACAAAAAAGUAUGUUCCAAUACAUGGAACAGCAUGUCAGAGAUAACUAGAUAUCAGGUCACAUUUUGCAGCAUGCAAGCUAGCAUGCUAUUUUGACCACACUUCUGAAAAUCUCUUGCAUCGAUGUCAGCAUGCUAGCAGAAUUCAGCAGCUGUACUCAUAUAUGAGUUAUACACCAGCUGCCAGAGUAAGAGCAUGUGGAAAGAGACAAACAAGGUCUUCUUAGUGAGAGGAGGUGCAGGCUCAAGCAUCUGGACUUCAGUUAUUGCAAAGACACAUCAAUUUAAACCAAGCUUAAUUGUAAUAUGAUGAGUGCAGAGAGAUAAAUAGAGGGAGUGUGUCUGUGUGACCUUUAUGCAUAGGUGCUGACUGUAUUAUAAAGGUAGAACAAUAGUUCCCUUUGCAGGGAGUCACUCGCGUAAAAAGACCUGAAGUCACUUUAAGCAUUAUCUUUGGGAACCUUUGACAUUUUCUUUUGUUUGUGUUUUUAAAGAUCAGAUUUGCAUUCAUUUGAAUGAACCUGACAGAUUCAAAUGCACAUUUAACUGUGUAAAUAGAGCAGAGUGAGCAGCUGGUGAUUAGGUCACAUGCUAACAGGGGAAUGGUACUGUGUUAUCUGUGUUCCCUGAUGUGCUUAUCAAUUAUUUCACGUUUUAUUGUUGGUUAAAACUUUGAGCUGUGUGUUGUUCUUAACAUCUCAGUACAUGAAGUUUUUAAAAAAAUAUGUGCCUUUUCAUAAAUAGAUAAUUUAUGAGAAGGUGAAAAAAACUCUGUUAGAUAUGGCCCGACUUUUUCUUUGUCUUCUUUUCUCGUGUUCUCUCUUUGUCCUUGUGCAGUAGAUAUAUUUAAAUGAAAAUCCUCACAUUUUCUGGAUUUGCGUACCUUUACAACUUUGUAUUAUUAUCUCAUCAACUUUAUCGCACCCCAUAGCUCAUAGUUCCAACCUCACAGUGCCACACUGUCAUUUUAUUUCAUCAGCUGAAAAAGCACGUUCGGUGUGUGACUCGAGUGCAGCAGCAGAUUACUGACAGCCAAACGGACAUCGUUGGAACAAUGCAAACUGACGUGAUAUAACAUCUAAAACCACGGCUUUUUAUGUCUUGCAAGUGGACUCAGCUAGAUUUAUGUUAUGAUAAAUUGCACAACACUAACUAAAUGUUAAUUCUUCCCAAAUAUAUAUCCAGCCUAACAUAGAUCAAGCCAAACUCAGAGACGUUUAAAAAGAGCACCGGUUCUAACAAACGUUGGUUUGUCGCUGCUGCAGGUCAGGAAGCAUGAGAACAGUGUUAUGGCUUUCCACAACCUCAUCUCCACUCAUUUGUCGGAGAAUUGUUAUUUAUAUUUGUUCAUUCAGAUUGUGUACAGUAAACAUACAACUGUAAAGCCUGCUUCUCGAUCUGUCCUGCCAGCUCCACUUCGUACUUCUUUAAUGCCCCACUCUUCCAUCCUCAUAUACUUUAUUGAAUUGUAGCCUGUGCAAUGAUUAGCAUGAGUUAUUAUAUAUAGCUCAGUGUAAUGAUAGCAAAUGAUAAAGAGUUUUGAUUCAGUUAUCAAAAUGCAAGACAAAUAAAUGUGUUCAUGUGACCUCA